AGGUGCAUGAAGAGCACAAGAGGACGGUCUCUCCCUAAAUCCCGAUGGACGAAAGUUAAGGUCAGCUGGGUGAGCACAGAAGGCACCAGUAUAAAGACAUCUUUUUAGGCUUCCUGUUAAGCCUGAUCCAGCGGUUUCACCUUCACCGAUGGAAGAGCACUAACCUUGUUGGAUGUCUAGACUAUCUUCUAUAUAUGGUUUGAAUCAAGAAGAUGGUGUACUCCUCCUCACCUCAAUAUGUUCAGUUUGAUGAGCAACUGCUGCAACUGGAUUUCCAAACUGCAGCAACCCAUGAGGAAAGUUACUGUGCUGGUGGUUGGCCUUGACAAAGUUGGAAAGACACUGUGCGUCAGAGGGAUGUUAAGAGCUCCCCAUGGAGAAGUGAGUCCUACUCAUGGAUGUGUCCGACAUGAGUUAAGGUUGGAAAACUUCCUCGUGAAUUUGCUGGACAUAGGUGGAAGUACUGAGUUUCGCUCAUGCUGGAAAGAAUACUAUGGCGAGGCCCAUGGAGUCAUUUUUGUGGUGGACUCCAGUGAUAGACACAGAAUGAAAGAGGUCAAAGAACUUCUCACAGACAUGCUGAGACAGCCUAGAGUGGCUGGAAAGCCCCUAUUAGUAUUAGCCAAUAAACAAGACAAAAUGAAUGCCUUAUUGGGAAGUGAACUGAUUGAGGUCCUGACCCUGGAGAAGCUAGUCAAUCAGAGCCAGUCUCUGUGCCACAUUGAGCCAUGCUCUGCCUUAAUGGACCUGCGGCGAUGGUCAGACAGGAAGACAUUGCGAGGCCUCAGAUGGUUACUACGGGCUGUGUGCCUGGACUACCCAGAUCUCUGUGCCCGUGUAGUCAGAGAUGGUGGAAGGCCACCAGGACCAGAGGAGAGAGAAAGGAAAGGGAAGGCGGAAAAAAGUCAGAAGAAAAACAAAGUUGAAAGACUUAAAGCCAGUAAACCAGACAUUCACCAAGCACAGUGCCCUCUGGAGGAAGAACAGCAAAGCAGGAGCCAUCUACAACCAAUUAUUCUUAAGGAGAACUCCUUUCAAAAGAAAUUGAAGAAAAAGAAGCUGAAAGUUAAGAUCAAAGCAAUAAGUGUGAAAAAAGGGAGUAAAAAUGAAGAAGUAGAUAAAGAGCAGGAAGAAGAAGAGGCAGAAGGAAAUAAGGCAGACCAGGAUGGUAACAGUCAAAAGGAGAAGGCCAGUCAUGACCUGUUGCCACAAAAAAGUGGGAGGCUGAAGCCCAAAGCAAAAGUGGAGACUGUGGAUUAUCCAGAGUCCCAGGAAUCCAAACCCUCUAAAGGUAAUGGACAAAACAAGAAAAAGAAAAAGGUGGUGAAAGGAAAGCGAAAGAACAGGAUAAACACAGAAGAAAUUCCUGUAAAUUAUAGACAGCCUGCUGAUCUCUCUGCCACUUUCGAUCUUUACAAGAAAGCCAUUUUGGCUCUAAAAGCCCGACAGGAUCAGAGUUUGGUGCCAGAACAGUGAGAGGACUGGAAAUGUGUUGGCAGAUGACACAGAUCACACAGACCUGUGCAGAACAUUUCAUGAAGGGACUGGACCACAAAACCAACAUCUUUAGGCAUCUUCACCAAGACAUGGAUUUCCAGAUAGGCAUAUUCAUCUGGCUCAUCUUUUUUAGUAUAUACAGUAUGAAACCCUGUAUCAUUUGCUUUUAACAGACAGGUGUCUCUACUCUUCAAAAAAUAAUGAAAAAGUAUUUUUUAUAGAACCAGUAAUAUAAUUUGUUGCUGUUAUUGCAUUGUUAUUUUGCUUUUUUUAUCAGUAAAGUUGAAUUGUAAAUUGUAAUAAUUUUGUGAAUUGUAAUUAAAAUGUAUGCUUUCUUCUGCUGUUAACUUGUUAAUGUUUAUUUAUUUUUAUUUAUUUAUUUUUUUAGAAUUUGGUGACAUAAAUUAUCCAACUAAUCCUUUACAUCAUGUUUUGUAACAUUCUUUGACAUAAAUGACUUCUAACCUGCUAAAAAAACAUGCUCUUUUCAUUUUAACACAUUAUUCAUAUUAUUUUUGUCAUAUGUAGAUAUGACAGAAACACAAACAACUAAAUUCUAGCAACCACCUGUUUAAUUUUCAAUCACCAAAAUCAUUGAGCAAUUACAUUUUAGGGUGUAUUGUGGGCUGCUUGUUAUGAUGGUUUAUUUACCUGAUUAAUAUAGUUUAUUUAUUUUUAUGAUUUACAUUUAUAUUUAUUCAUUUAGCAGACACUUUUAU